UGGUGUGUACGACUCUCGCGAUAUAAACAUACAUAUACGGUACAAGUUGUACGAGUAUAAGUUUGGUGUGAUUUGUGAAAGUUUUGCCGGAGCUUGGGCGGAUUUUUUCUCGACAAUGACGGGCAGCACACGGUUGGUGACCGUCGGUAUGCUGCUGACCCUGGCCGCGUCAGCCGCUGCCAUCAGAUGCUGGAAGUGCGGCCAGUACAGCGAUGGAGUUGGCUCCAUCACGCCUUGCAACAACCGCAGCGCCACUCAUCUUGAGGAGUGCCCUUCCAACGCCAAGUAUUGCAUUAAAUACGUUAGUGAGCUAACGGUGGUCCGGGACUGCGUGCCCACUUGUAAAGAAAAAGAAUGGUGGGGAGCCAGGACGUUCUGCUGCGACGUAGAUGAGUGCAACAGCGCCCUCUCCCGAAGUCCUGUGGUCCUCACGCUGAUCGCAGGAGCAGUAAUCGCCCUGCUCGCGCGCUGACCGGCGACUUUACCAUACUUUAGUUCUUUUGGUUAGCGUAUGUAUUCAAUUAGACCUUUCAGUUGUGAGAUUCUAGAGGAGCUAUUGAGACGUGAAGCUUCCAUGGAGUCUACUGGUGUUGACAAGAAGAUU